CGAUCGGUGACGUAAAGGUUCAGCUGUUUCGGGUUGAUCUGCCGGCUCUUCCGCGUCCGCUGGGCAUUGAGGCCGCAGCAGCCCCCCGGCUCUUCAGCCCCCGGCUCCCGGCUCCGCUAUCAGGUCUUUGGUGGGAUGGAUUCUGCCAGGUUUCAGUUGAAUACUUGUCUAAAUGACAUCAGUGAGAACCUGGGCUCUGAUGAGCUGAAGGCCAUGAAGUUCCUUUGCCAAGAUUUGUUGAGCAAGAACCAGCUUGACAAGGCUGAGUCCGGGCUCCGUCUAUUCCAGUCUCUGCAGGAACGUGGCCUGCUUCAAGUGGAGGACAAUUUUAUUGUUGCUGAGUUGCUGUACCGCACCAAACAGUUCUGGCUACUGAAGAAGAUGAAAUAUAAUAAAGAAAAGGUCUCCAAAGAGCUGAUGUGUCCGGGAAGGCCUAGGGUCUCAUCAUACAGACAGCUUUUGUUUGAGGUAUCAGAGGAUAUUACUAUGAAGGAUCUUGAGACUGUAAAACACUUCUUGCAUCAAUACUUGGCCAAGUCCAAGCUGGAGAGCAUCAAGACAAUGUUGGAUGCCCUGGUUGAAAUGGAGAAGGAAGGACUGCUGGAAGAGUGCAACACAAGCAUACUGGAGUACAUCUGCAAACAGAUUGGAGAGCACUUGGUGGAAAAGUUUGCAUGUUACCGAAGGGAAGGAAGGGGGCAGGGUGAGGAGUUGUUGACUCCGGUUCCUGAGAGCGACCUCCCUGAAAUGGCAGAAGCACAGGAUGCACGUGAAGUCAGGUCACCACCGGGAAUGCAGCUUGAGGAACCGACUGAACCUUCCUUGCCAAUGGGACUCCAGAAUUCACGUUCACGAUCUUCUGAUCUGGGGCAGCUGGAUCACUACACUUCCCACAACACUGUGCUGACUUCUGACUCUCAGGAGAUACUUGACCGCUACAAAAUGGAGAGUACCCCAAGGGGCUACUGUGUCAUUAUCAACAAUAGUAUCUUCGAUACAAUGCAACCACGCAAAGGAACCGAUCGGGAUGCAGAGCGGCUGGAACAGGUUUUCACCUGGCUGGGGUUCAGAGUGAAAAUAGAGAACAACCUGACUGCAGAGGGGAUGCGGAUGAAGAUGCUUGAAUACCGUCAGAAGGACCACAAGCCCUUCGACUGCUUCAUCUGCUGCAUUCUGACCCACGGCGAGAGGGGAGUCAUGUGCGGCACGGACGACAAAAAAGUGCCCAUCCGCGACAUCACCGGCUGCUUCUCGGCUUCACGGUGCCCUUCGCUCCAGCAGAAGCCCAAGGUCUUCUUCAUCCAGGCGUGCCAGGGCACGGAAAAACAGGAAGGCGUUGCAAUCGAAGAAGACAGCACUGCCGUGAGGCUGGAGGAGGACGCCAUCAGGGCCACGCGCACCAUUAUUCCGGAUGAGGCUGACUUCUUGUUGGGUAUGGCGACGGUGGAGGGCUACGUCUCCUUUCGACACAUCAUGCAGGGCACCUGGUACAUUCAGUCGCUGUGUGAAAACCUGGAGAAACACUGCCCCAGCCAGGACCUCCUAAGCAUUCUCACCAAUGUCAACAACGACGUAAGCGAGAAAAAAGACAAGAACUUCAAAACCCAAAUGCCACAGCCAAGCUACACCCUCAGGAAAAAGCUUUACUUCCCAGUGGGGCAAAGUCAUGCCGAUUUCAUGAAAGCCUCCUGGAAUUUCCACACCAGAAAUGGCGUUCCCAAGGACUGACGCUGCUGCUGACCCCUGGAGCUGCUAAUGGUUGGGAGGACGUCGGGUAUGCCAAUGAGAAUCGGCACAUUGGGGUGUUUGGAAUCUGUGGGGUCCAGGAAUGUGAAGUUCUCAGGGCAACGUACAGAGGAUCUGCGUGAGGGACCCUCUGCUUUCAUGAGAAUACUGUCCGUCAGGCUAGAAUCCAGCUGUCUCUGCUCUGAAUUGUGUUUCUACUUUACAUGUCUUCCACAGAUUAUUUUGUGAUUAUACUUAGUAAUAUUUUUUAACAAAAAUUUUAUAUUUUGUUAAAAAAAAAUUUUUUAAGCUACAGAAAGAAGUGUUGCUUCUAUGAUGCUUUUGUUUCUUGCUGUCUCCCUCCCAGCCUCUGGUGCUGACCCCCCCCCUCCCCAGGUGCUCCUUCCUCACCUGUGGGCACAGGUGAGUGUGACUGGAUAAUGUGACCAGGCUCAGAUCAGACCCAGAACGGCGACCAGCCCCUUUGCCUCCAUGGAUGUUGCUCGACCUGCAGCUUUUGUUUGCUCCCAGUUCCAGCAUCUGCAGUCUCUUGUGUUUCCAGUAGAACCAGGCUGUUCUGCUACUCACUACUCCUCCUCUCGCAUUUGUUCCUUAACCUGUCCUACGAGGGGACCAAAAACACCAGCUCCCUUCAAGCAUUGCAAUUGCUUCAAGUGUCCUGGGUUGGAUCCUGACCUCUGUUCAUGUAGAAUUUGCACAUUGUCCCUGUGACUUUAGUCACCCCACUCCCUCCCACCAGAUUGUCCCAUGUCCUCCCACGCACCAAAUACGUUCUAGUGUUCGGUGAUAGGGCACUCAGGGUAGUGUUACUGGGAAUAUGUGAGAGAAUAGGGUGCAGGAAAUUAGUAGGAUAGUGGGACUGUGGGUAUUUCUUUGGCAACCAAGAUCGAAUUGAUGUGCUUAGGCUCACACGGUGUCACUGGAAAAUACUGAGGGACCGUGAAUGAUGAGAGGAUAUUUCUUCAUGGGGUGGAUCUAGAAUGAAGCACUACAAUUUAAAAAUAAAGGGUUGCCUACUUAAACAAGGCAGAGAUGAAGUGUUUUAUUUUUGCUCUCUUAAGUCCUUGUGUGAUAAAGUUUAAGGGAAUGGGGGAUUCUCAGAUUCCUGUAAACAAUGGAUUCAGUACUGACUAUGUCUGUGACUGCAGUGUGUUUGAAUAACAUCUCACAGCUGCUUUCUUUGGAGCAAGAUGAUUAAAGUUCGCCCAGAUCCACAUAAGAUGUCUCUGGGCUUUUCACACCUUUUGAUUUUGACAAAAAGCAGUACCUGAUGGAAAUUAGACAGAACAUUCCUUUCUUAAUUAAAGCAUAAAUUUGAUGGAUGUUCUUAUCUUUGUAUUUAAGUUGUGGCUCCAGCAAACCAGGUAGGAUAUUCCUUUCUUUAAUUAAGAUGGCUGGAGUGUCUAACAAAUUGAUUGUACGUUUGUAUCAAUAGUCCAUUGACUUGACCGGAAUGGUUAUCAAACUGAUUGUUCUCUGUAUCGGUGGCCUUAUAACUUCUGACAUCGGGCAGUGAACUUGUAGAACAGCCGGGGAGAUGAGAAAGAUUCCUUCCUUGAUGUCGGGUCCAAGUUCACUCGCCGGCUGAGCUUGGAGAAAUAAACCGGUGAAAAGAUAAGUAACGACGAUCUUUUUGUGC